AUGCUUUCAAUCAAUAUCCCAAAACAUACCACGCCCAAUGAAUACGAACUGAGCGAAGUCCCCUCCCUAUCCAUCGAACGCCCUACCGACAUCUUAAUUAAAGUUCACGCCGCGAGCAUCAACCCGAUUGACGUGAAAAAGGCCUCGGGUAUAACCAAGGCCGUUCUCAAGGAUACCUUCCCGUAUAAAAUCGGCUAUGACUGCGCAGGAGCGGUUCUAGAGACUGGUUCCGAAGUAACCCGUUUCAAGACCGGUGAUGAGGUUUUUGUUCGGUUACCGGAAUGUCACCGCGGCUCAUGGAGUGAGAUCGCAAGGUCAAGUGAAGAAUUCGUCGCGUUGAAGCCAGUGGGUCUUUCUAUGGAGGACGCUGCUUCGAUCCCACUUGCGGCUAUGACGGCUUUGCAGUCGCUCAGGGGGUAUGAGGGGGAUCUUGAAGGGAAGACUGUUUUCAUUCCUGCUGGGUUGGGUGGCACUGGUCUGUUCGCUUGCCAACUAGCUAAGAACAUUUUCAAAGCCGGCAAGGUGAUUACCACAGUUUCCACGGCCAAAGUCCCCAAGGUAAAAGAACUUUUAGGCGAGGGAGUUGUGGACGAAAAACUCACAUCUUCCCCGCUGGCAGUCAUCGACUACAGAAAAUCAGAUCCCAAAGAAGUCAUUCCUACACAAUCGGUCGACUUCAUCUUCGACACUACCGGCAGCGCGAUGGAGUAUCUAUCAUUAAUGCGUCCAAAAGGAGCCAUAAUUACAGUAUCAAUCCUAACCUCUGGAGACGUUCUGCAAAAUUCUAGCGUUAUGCGCCGAUCACCAGACAAGGCGGAUAAAGCUACGGUGCCAUUUCCUAUUCGUAUCGCCUUGAAUUUCAUGGAUAGAAUUCGAGUGAUGCGUGCGUCUAGGUACGGGGUCAAGUACGCGUCUAUCUUUCUGGAACCCAAUGCGGGCGAUCUGGAUUCGAUUCGGGGUUGGGUGGAGGAGGGGAAGUUGAAGACUAUUGUUGGGACGAGGGCGAAUGCUAAGGAUAUUAAUGCGGUUAGGGAGGCUUGUCAGGUUGUUUUUGAUGGGAAAGGUGGUGUUGGGAAGUCUGUUAUUGUGUUUUGA